ACCUUACUUCCCCUUGCUUAUGCUCCGCGAUUUAUAAAAAAAAAUGACCAUCGUCAGAUUUAUCGAAGUAUCGGUUCCAUUUUUAUUGUUUAGUUAUCGUUUUGUUGCUAAAACCACACAUUUACCAAUGGCGCUGUUGUCAGAGGUCCUCGCGGUGGGCCUCGGCGGGCCGCAGUGAGUCGCUCGUACCAGUUUUGUGGCUCUCAGCCCGGCUAAAGCAGAUGGGCUUCUCGGCGUUUUGUGCUAAAAGGCGGAAGACGUUUGAGCCGGAGAUGCACAGCUGCUAACAGUCGAACCGUUUGGGUUGAAAUGAGGAUAACCGACUUUCGAAACAGCAGGAAUUGAAGCUAACGUGGGGAAAAUCUUGACGUGAUGAUAUUUCGCUUUAUGGAGCCGCAUUAGCACACUGUGAACCUGACCCCGCUCUGAUACACACCCCUCCCCCAAACCAAGGAUGGCGAGCAGGAGAAAGUCCACCACUCCAUGCAUGCUUCCUGUUCAAGAACCCAUGGACUCAGACAAGGAGCUGGACGAUGCCACGGAUACAGCAGAACUGGAAUCCAGCAACGAUGCAGCGGUCAUCGCGUCUGAAGUUACUGGUCUGUCUGAUGAGUGUGGUGAUGACACAGACAUCAGGCAGACCUCUGACUACAUGGACCUGAAUACAGCGGAAGGGGGAUACGAGUGCAAAUACUGCAACUACCAGACUUCCGAGCUUAACCUGUUCACCAUGCACGUGGAUACUGAGCAUCCCAACAUUGUCCUCAACACGUCUUAUGUCUGCAUGGAAUGCGACUACCACACCAAAAGUUACGACACCUUGCUGGCACACAACGCUCGCUUCCACCCUGGUGAAGACAACUUCACACGGACGAUGGUGAAACGCAACAAUGAGACCAUCUUCCAGCAGACGGUCAAUGACCUCACGUUUGAUGGCAGCUUCGUCAAAGUGGAGGAUGAUGAGGCGGAGGAAACGUCUCGGCGAGGCAUCGCGCUCAGCAAGACGCCCAUCAUGAGGAUCAAGAGCAAAACCGAGCCCAAGAAGUUCACCACCUCCCAAAAAAUGGCUGCCAUCUGCACAGAUGACAUCAUCAAAUUAGAAAGCGAUGAUGAGGACGAUGAAGACAACGACGAGAACGAGGAGCCGCCCGCGCUCUCUCCCGCCCCCGUGACCCCUACUGCUGCCUGCCCUCGGAUCAUCUCAGUCUCCAAACCAACGGCAAUGCAGGUGCAUGCUGUGCCGCAGAGCGUUGUGUUCAACAGUGCCAACAUGCUACAGAUUAAAGGCGGUUCGGGCACGGGCAGUGCUGGCAUGUUGUCGCCAGGGACGCUGGCUCAAGUCCUGUCUGUGCUGCAGAACCAGCAGAACAGCACCCAGAGCCAGACGCAGCUCCUCAUUCCCAUCAGCAGCAUCCCCACCUACAACGCCGCCAUGGAUAACAAUGUCCUGCUGGUCAGCGCCUACAACAGGUUCCCCUACCCCUCGGUGUCUGAGAUAGUGGGUUUGUCAUCGCAGACUAAAUUCAGCGAAGAACAGAUCAAGGUCUGGUUCUCAGCUCAAAGGCUGAAACGUGGAGUCAGCUGGACACCGGAGGAGGUGGAGGAGGCAAGAAGGAAGAAGUUUAACGGCACAGUGCAGACCGUCCCUCAAACCAUCACUGUGAUUCCAGCGAAUAUUGCUGCAGCCACCAACGGCCUGCAGUCCAUCUUUCAAACCUGUCAGAUUGUCGGUCAGCCAGGUCUCGUCCUCACCCAGGUCGCUGGAAAUGCCGGCACUGUGCCCGUUGCCUCUCCCAUCACCCUGACUGUCGCCAGCAUACCCAGUAACCAGUCCAAAGCCGCAGAACCGUCAACAUCAGAAUCAAAGACUGAAAUAUCGAAUGCAACUGUCAACACAUCGGUCACCUUGGACAUGGCUUCGGGGAAGCCAAAGAAGUCUAAGGAGCAGCUGUCAGAGCUGAAGGCGAGCUACAGCAGGAGGCAGUUCGCCACCGAGGCUGAGAUCUCACGGCUCAUGCAGGUGACCAAACUCUCCAAGCGAGCAAUAAAGAAGUGGUUCAGUGACACACGCUACAACCAGAGGAAUGCGAAGGAUCACCACGGAGUUCUGCUGAGCGAAUCCUCAUCCAGCCGAGCUGUGGCAUCAGGAGGAGGCGGACCAGGAAGCAGGAGCAGCAGACUUGACGACGGCAACAACAGUGAUAACGCUGCCACCAUCAUCAUUGACUCCAGUGACGAUGCCAGCAACUCUUCGCCAACUUCCACUGGCACCCCGGGCUCAUCGGGCUUUUUGGGCAACCCACGGGUCAAAUUCCGCCACGCCUUUCCAGACUUCACCCCACAGAAGUUCAAAGAAAAGACCCCAGAGCAGCUGCUCAUCCUGGAGGCCAGCUUCCAGGAGUCCAACAUGCCCUCGGAUGAGGAGCUAAGCAGGCUGCGAGCCAAGACCAAAUUGACACGGCGUGAAGUGGAUGCUUGGUUUUCUGAGAGGCGGAAAAUGAUGAAAGACGAUGACAUGGAUGGAGAUGGUGAAAAGAAGAAACAGGGUGGUGUGCUUUCAUCGGAUCAGCAGACCACCACCCCUGUAGGCAGGAAAGUGCUGAAAAAAACACCGGAGCAGCUCCACAUCCUGAAGAAAGCUUUUGUUCGUUCUCAGUGGCCGACACCUGACGAAUAUGACAAGAUGGCGGAGGAGAGCGGCCUGCCCCGGUCGUAUGUUGUCAACUGGUUUGGAGACACGCGCUAUGCCUGCAAGAACAGCGGCCUGAAGUGGUACUACCUGUACCAGAGCGGAAAGGUGGACGAGGCACUGAAUGGUGGAGCCAAGAUUCAGAAGAAGUCCAGAAAGCGUUUCCGUGGGUGGUCCAGGAGGUCGCGCAGAUCUUCUGCCUGCAAACGCUUACCUCAGGGAGGCGCUACUGCCAUCAAGGUAAAAUCUGGCCGAGCGUUUCUGAAGGACUACUAUCUGAAGUAUCGGGUGCUGAGCGAGAAAGACCUGGAUGACCUGGUGGCAAAGUCCAGUAUGAGCUAUGAGCAGGUGAGGGACUGGUUCGCCGAGACUACCAGGCGAGUAGAGAACGGGCAGCAGCCCUUCAGUGAUGAGGAGGCGCCGGCAGUGGAGCACGCAGACGGCGAAGGAGAGAUGGAGGUAAAAGAGCAAGGAGAGGAAGCAACGGAUGACGACAUCCACCAGGACGAGGAAAAGGAGGAUGACAUGGAGGAGGACGAGGAUGAACCCGCAGAGGAGCAGACGUGAGCAUCCAGGUGAUACUGUUGCAUGCAGCACUGUGGACAGGAUGGACGUUAUAGUUGAGUGUUUCUUAGCUGGUGUGUUGGGACUCAAACACCAUCUGCAGGAAGUCUCAGCUCGAACGGACAACAUGGGAAUAAACGUGAUUAGUUUGUGCCUUCACAGCCGAGCAAAACUUUGGAUCCUGUAGCAGGUGAGACGCACUGAGCACACGCGCACCACGUAAACGAUGCAGCAGGAUUUAUUUUAAUGAUGACUGACAGCUGAUGACAGCGCCAAAAUGCUGCCACAGAGAUGGAAGCAGCUCGCCGCCUGUCGUUUCUGUAGUGUUUAAUGGUAAAAUUUGUAUAAAGUAAAAAAAUGAAAAAGAUAAAGUCUGAGACAUUUCUAAGAGGUGAGACCUCGAGCGGUUCCUGUCAGUACUUAAGGAACCGUCAGCACUGUUCUCAAGGGAAGGUGAUCUCACCAAAUAUUAUCUUUUUAGCUCAAAGUUUUUAAACCUGCACUUUUGUGUGUGUGAAUAGACAAUGUGCCAUUAUGUUUGAGUUGUGUUUUUAACUUUUAAAAAUGUGAUUUUUUUUUUUUAAUAUGAAAGGAAUUCAACCCUUUAGCUUAGUUUUUUUUUGUUGUUGUUGUUGUUUUUAUUAUUAUUAUUUUUCUUUUUGAAAAAUGUGAUAAUUUUGCAGGUGUUUGGGUCCAUUUCUGUUUCAAAGAAGUCAGUCAGUCUGUGAAUUUACCAAAAUAAAACAAAUUUCAAACUGAAGCAAAUCAAACACUUGAACCAAAUUCAGGGAGACUAUAAAAAGCAGGUGCCCGUAAAAAAAACACAAACAAACAAAAGCAAAAAAAUAAAUAAAAAGCUGCUGAAACGAUUUGUCAAUGAAUUUGAAUAGUACGGGUUACAUCUGCCACUGAUUUUACUUAAAGUGCUGAUUUUAAAAAGUACUCAACCUUUUAAAAAAAAAUUUUUUAAAGCAACUUAAAUUUGUUUGUCACGACAAAAUGUGGCUUGUUCCAUGGUGACUUGAAUAAAUUCUCACAAUUUGACAUAAAAGAACUGAAUCGUCAGAAGAGUCGUGGUUGGUGAUCUCAUGUGGUUAAAUCGGUCGUUAGGAACUGUUGAGUGUGUCAUAAACACGAUGAUGUAUAUUUUUUAAAAAGUACAAGCAGCUUAACUGAGUUUAAUUUUUAAACUUUUGAUGUUAAAAACUUAUAACAUGAAGAGGUGAGUACUUGUUAUAGGCACUUUAUGGAGUGCAGGAUAUCGCAGAUGUGGUAACCUUUGACCCUCAUAUUGAGUACUGCUGUUGGAUUGGUUGGACACAAAAACCUAUUUGACUGAGUUAUUUUGAGCACAGAGGAACUGUGAAGAAGGUUGAUCUCAAAUAUUUAAAACCAGGUUUCAAGAUGCCAGUCAGAUGAAAAAUGGUGACUUGCUGCCUGAGACCUUAAAGGAAAAUUGACAGCAACGAGGGCGCCAUCUACAGGGCGCCAUGAUGUCACAACGACAUCAGGCACCAUCCAUGGUGUGCUAGUUCGUUAGUCUUUACAGAUCCUGAAUAAUUAGUAUUUUAUUUAAUCUUUUUUUAAUAACCCUAAGGGUCCUGUGUUGUGUGUCCGUGGUGCACGGUGUGAAGCGCUUUGCGUGUUUUGGGGCAUGUUGUGUCCACACUUUGCCGUUUACAGGGUGCAUAAUCCAAACUGAAAGCACAGGGAACAAAGGGGAUGUAUCGAGUCAGUUAAGCAUGGGUGGGUUUUGGCCGUAACACGACAUAAACCACUCAGUCACCCUUCAUUCCCUUUUGCCAAACUGAAAACUUUUAAGGGGUCGACCGUCGUCCACAUACCAAACAGAUGAUGUGGGAGGAGUCUGCCAACAAACGCACAGAGCUUUGACCCAGUGAUUGACCUGGGCAGUUCCAGAACUCGCCUACGUAUUUGACUCAAGCUUGUUACAAACUAGAGUGAAAAAUUUUAACUCUAAUGACCCAGAGAAACCCUUUAAGGACAAUUCUGCACUCACCCCUCAGCCACAUACCAAAUGUGCUGGCAUUCUGCCAAAGGACCCGGGAAGAGGAGAGGAGCAAACGGUUCAGUUUCGUUGUAAUUUGAUGUGCAUCCAUGAACCCCCCUGUGGGGUGUAUCUGGAUAUUGCACUGCCUAAAUAGAAAAACUCUGUGCUGGACUUUGGAUCAGGUUUUUGGUGUUCCAUGGUUCAGUUGCGAUGGUUUUGUUUUUUUUUAUAACUCUCGGAUUUGUGGGUCACAUUGAUUCCCACAUAUGAGAUUUUGCUCCAGCCAGUGGAGUCAUGUGAAGCCCGGAGUGCUGUAGCUGGGUUUUUUGGAAUAAUCGCUCAGUGACGUCUGUUUUUAAAAGCAAAAAAUGUCUCCAUGGUAUUGACUUGAACCCCUGGCAAGUCUUCAGUUUGAAUCAAUUUCCUAAAUAAAACUAAAAGCUUGUGGCAUUUACUUCAGGAAAAAAACAAACAAACAAAAAAACAAAGUAACUUUACCUCAGUCAUUAAGCUACAAAUGCAGAAAAGAACGUGACAUUUACCACAAGCUUUUUUAUCCUUCUUCUUCUUUAACAAAUUAUGUGCAUGAAAUAUACAAUAGUCAGCAGUUGUUUUUUUUUUCCUUCGCUGCCAAAGUAAAACAUUUUAAAUAUAAAAGUUUUUAUUUCUUCAAAUACGGGUGAACUAGUUAACAUUUUUCAGGUUUUCCACAAUAGCAGAUACUUUAGGCACUUGGCUCUGUUCCUGUGGGAACGUCUUAAAUUUUUGUAUAUUUAGAAGAAAAAUUGCUAAAGGAAAAAAAACUAGUUUUCUUGUGUAACUAUCAACAUGAGAGAUCGGUCAGCCAGUAGAAAAGUGUUGAAGUGUAACUUUUAUUUUUCAUCUUUACUCAAACUCUGUAACUUUACAAAAUAAGCUUUUCUUUCAUUUUUAAACUGCUUCAAUAGGCCAUCACUUUUUGGUAAUUUAUUUAUUACAUCUGGAUUUUCAUGGUUUUGUUUUUUGUCUACAAGUAACAAAUAAAUGAACUGAAAAACAGGUUG